UCUCUCAAUAAAUCAACAACGUUUAUUUAUGUACAAUUCUUCUACAAGGUUUUGUAAUUUUUGAUUGACCUCAAAAUUUGUUCGAUUUCAAUCAAUUUCUCUACUAAUUAAUCAUUGUUGUCUAAGAGGGUUCGUGAUUAAACUCUAUUUGAUAAAUUUCAGAGGAAUCACAAAUUAGCCGAUAAGGUUGAGCCUAUAUCUUCAAAUAUCAGAAUCUAAAGGCGUACCAAGUUUCUACUAGAUUUUACGAGAAAAUGGGUUCAUUUAAAAUAGCGUUUGUGUUGCCUUUGUGUGCCAUCUCUAAUUCACGGCCAUUAUGUCUCUUGUCUCUAUAAGUUACACGAAAUGGAUCCUAUUACGGAGAUUAAAUCUACAGGAGAGCAGGAGGACGAUGUGACCCCUCUGACCCCUGAAAAUCCAGUGACCCUUGAAGGAGAAGAGGUCAUCUUCAAGGACAUCAGUAAAGUGCAGACCUUCUGCUACAGUGUGGGUCAUGUACUGAAUGACCUCUGUUCUGCCAUGUGGUUCAGCUACUUCAUCAUUUUCUUCCAUCAAGUGCUUGAGAUUGACAGUGUGACAGCUGGGAACCUGGUGCUGAUUGGCCAGAUGGCAGAUGCCAUUGGGACUCCCUUUGUGGGCUAUGAGUCAGACAGAACCACCGGCUGCCAGCUGUAUGGAGUGCGCAAGUCAUGGCAUCUAUUCGGAGUGAUAGGAGUCGCCAGCAGUUUCGUGUUCGUGUUCAACAACUGCAUCGGCUGUGACUCAGACACGAACAUUCUCUCUAAGUACAUCUACUACACACCCUUCAUCUGCCUCUUUCAGUUUGGCUGGGCCUCAUCCCAGAUAUCCCACCUGGCAAUCAUCCCAGAGCUCACAUCCUGCAAGAAGACUAGAGGCAACCUCAAUGGAUACAGGUAUGCAUUCACAGUGAGUAGUAACAUCUUUGUGUUUGUCGUCUUCACUAUUCUCCUCUCAGUGCUCGGAGGAGAUUCGUCUUCGGACAACGUCGGCCCACAGGAUCUCGACGCAUUCAAGUAUCUUGGCAUGAUUGUGGUGGGCACAGGUGUCUUCUUCAUGGUGGUUUUCCACGUCGGAUUAAAAGAGCCGAGACGACCAGAACACGACAGUCUAGAAGCCUCGCAGAAUCGCAACAACUCGUUCACAUGGAAAUGCUGGUUCAAAGAACCCCAAUUUUACAUUAUUGGAUUCGUCUACAUGCAGACGAGAUUAAUCUGCAAUUUCACUCAGGUGUAUUACCCUCUAUACAUAUCAACCACACUCAACUUAAGCAAGACGUCAAUAGCAGUGCUGCCCCUUGUCGUGUUCAUCAGCGGCUUUUUAGCUUCUCUUCUCAUGCCAGUAAUGAACAAGUUUAUGGGAAGAAAAGCAAUCUACUUCAUAGCACUCCUUUUGGGCUUCGCCUACUGCACCAUGGCGUGGUUUCUCAAAGAGGGUCAUAACUCGGGCAUACAACAAAUAUGGCACUACCUGUUGUCCGUGAUCAUGGGUGCAGCUAAUGGCACCCUUCUAGUUACAGCCCUAUCACUCACAUCUGAUAUGAUUGGACCAAGAACACAUUGUGGUGCAUUGGCAUAUGGGUGCUUCAGUUUUCUGGACAAGAUAUCCAAUGGAAUAGCUGUGCAAAUAGCUCAAGUCGUUCAGCCCGCAGACAUGUGUGAGGAUUUCUACCGAGUCUGUCUCACAAUUGUGCCGGGCAGUUUUCUCGUCAUCGCAGUUCUAUUUUGGGUUGUGCUUCUCUUCUGUGACGUGGGCAACCUCAGACACGACAAAAGAGGCGAGGAAGGUGCACAGAAAAACAUCAACGGAGACGAAGAUUCAGGCAUUGGCGAAGAUAAUGAGAAGCUAGGAGUUGAGGGAAAAAGUUGA